CCACGCCCCCGUCAUGGCGGGCGGGCGCGUGCUCGUGCACGUGCGGCGCGCGGGGGCGCGCGGGGCGGCGGCGUUCGGGCAGAGUGUCACCGGCGUGUUCUGCCCGGCGCACACGGACGUGGCCCUGGUGAGCUGCGGGCUGGAGCGCGGCCACUUCCUCAUCUCCGAUGUCCCCUUCCCCGGCUCCGCUGUCACCGUCCUCAAGAGACCCCCGUUCUGCCCCGCCAAGCUGGGAGGGGCCACGCCGGGUGACCGGGGGGGACACCCGGGGGUGGCCGCAGCGGUGGCCGUGCUGCUGGAGGCCGCCUGCGGCCACGUCCUGCUGACCCGCCGAGCCACCACCCUGCGCCACUUCCCCAACGUUUGGGUGCCACCAGGUGGGCACUUGGAGCCAGGAGAGGAGCUGGUGGCCGCAGGGCUGCGGGAACUGGCCGAGGAGACGGGGCUGCUCCUGGAGCCCGGGACCUUCUCGUGGCGCCUGCUCGGCCUCUGGGAGUCGCUGUUCCCCCCCGCGCUGAGCCGGGGGCCACCGCGCUGCCACCACAUCGUCACCUACCUGGGCCUGCGCUCGGCCGAGCCCCGCGAGCGCCUGCAGGUGGGGGCACCUCGGGAGGGGUCCUUUAAUGGGUGGGGGUCCUAUAAUGGGUGGGGGUCCUUUAAUGGGUGGGGGGUCCCUUCAUGGGUGGGGGAGUCCCUCUCUGGAUGGGGGGUCUCUCUGAGGGUAGGGGUCUCUCCAUGCCUGGGGCUCCCUCCCGAGGUCGGGGUCCCUCCAAGGGUCCCUAUCGAGGUUGGGGUCCCCCCCCGGGGGUCGCUCCCUCCACGGGGGCUCCAUGCCCAGGCCCGGCUGUGUCCGAGCCCGUGUGAGGUCAGCGCUGUGGCCUGGCUGGAGCCUCUGGUCCUGGAGGCCAUCGCUGCCACCGAGGAUGGAGCCGAGGGACCGGGACCGGGACCGGGACCGGGAUCAGGGUUGGACUCAGGAUCGGGAUCGGGAUCAGGACCGGGAUCAUCCCCCGGAGAACUGCCCGCCACCGUGGGGAUCAUGGAGCUGAGCGCCGGCGGCUUCCAGAGCUCCCAGAUUCCCACCGGGAUCCUCCUGCGCCGGGCCCCGGCCCACGGCCCCGACCUGGAGCGCGUCAGCACCGGCACCAAAUUCGCGCUGGGGCGGCGGCGGGCGGGGCCCGGCCGGGGGGACCGGGAAUAAAUAAAAAACUUCCCGUGGG